UGAGGCGAACACCAGCCAGACACGUCAAAAGCUCACCACAGAAGCAAAACAAACAAGGGAAAAGUAAUAUCUAUGAAACUCAUCUCUGCACUUAUUCACCAGAACAGACUUCUCUUCAACAUACCUGAAGGAAAUGGAGAGGAGUUUGAAGAGUGAAGACGCUGAAGAAUUAAAGAUGUCUUGGAUAACUGACUUGGCUGGUCGAGCUGAGCACCUUCUUAAUAAGCUAGACAGCGAGGCUGCCACAGUUCUUAAUAAAGAAAGAAGAAACUCGGCCACCUUAAAGCCAUCUUUUAAGUAUGAUGCUGCCAGAACUACCCCUCCUUUAACUAAUUAUGAAAGAUCAGGAUUACACAGCUCUUCAAGUGUGCCAUCCAACUUGAGCAGUUAUGGUGUCAGUGGAACUUCAACUUUUGCACACGGCACUAGCCUCCAAGCAGAACAUGGAGCCUCCCUUACUUCCUCUCCAAAAUCCACAAUUAAAAAGAGUAGUGCAAAGAAAAAGGGCAGUACCAGCAGAGAUGAAGUUUUGAUUGAUUUCUUGAACAGCCCCACACAACAGGAGACUCAGCCACUGCCAACCACCACCACCCAUCAAGCUGAUCUUAUCGCCUCAACUAAUAUGACUACUUCCGCUAUCAAUAGUCUGGGGCAUUCUCGGCAGUCAUCUGUGUCCUCUGCAUCUUCUUUAGUAGCUCUCAGUGGACGUGAAACACCAGGAUCUGCUACUAUUGAUAUUGAGAGUGGCAGCUGUGGCUCAGGCAGUGGAUCAGCCAACACUGAUGCAUAUGUAACAGUAGACACUCCCACUGAUGUUAAUAUAUCAGCUCCACCCAGCACAGAUGGCAGCACCAGCAGUAAUGGCAUUAUGACUGGCUCAGUAGAUAGUGAGACAAGUCUCUUGCGAAAAGAAGUUACAAGUCUUAACCAAGAGAUGAGUCAAGUGCUUCGACGAUCCAAGGAUGCUGAAAAAGAGGCAAACCACCUAAGGACACAAGUGUCAGGAUUGUUAAGCCAGCAGUCAGCAAGUGAUAGAAUGUUACGAGAAUUGCAGCAGAGAGAAAUGGAUCUACAGGAGUCAUUACGAGCUAAGGACAGCCAAUUUGCAGUUUUGCGAGUGAGAUUGCAAGAGGCAGAUCACAAUGCUGAAACCAGAAAUGCUGCUUUGAAAGAGCUGCAAGCUGAAAAUAAAAGAUUAUUAGAAGGUGCAAGUGAAAGUAGUGGAUUGCAUAAUCAUGCCCUUCAAUCCCUUCAAGAUCGACUAGUAGAAACCCAAUCUACUUUGGAUCGUGAGAGGCAGCAACACUUCACAGCUUGUAGUGAACUUACUAAGCGAGUAAACCAUUUAGAAGAGGAGCAACAAGGAGUAGCCAAAGCACUAUCUGAAGCCCAACGUAAACUAGAAGAUGAAAAGAGCAGAUCAAAUCAACUCUCACUGCAGAUAAGUUCUUUGCGUGGUGAACUGUCAGCUUCAAGAGAAGAAUUGACAGAAUACAAAGCUAAGGCCAGCAGAAUUCUUCAAAGUAAAGAUAAACUGAUUGCAUCUCUUAAAGAGGAUCGGGGUGGGGGUGGUGAAGGAUCCAGUGGAGGAGGCACAGAGUUCCAUCUUCACGAGGCAGAACUACAUCAGAUAAGGGCUGAACGAGAUUUAUUGCGGGAAGAACUUGAGAGUGCAGGAGCACACAUAAGGCAACUGAUGACAGAAGUGUCUGAUAUGGAGUCUGCUGCUCAAGACCAAGCUGCACUUGCUACUCAGAAUUCCAUGUCACUCGAAGAGUCGUUAGCAGAUGAGCGGAAAAGGAAGGUAGAAGUGGAGUCUGAAUUAAGGCAGAUGCAGGAGGAGUUACGUUGUGCUCAUGAAGAACUGACUAGACAAAAAGUUCAUCUCUCAUCACGAAUGCAGGAAAGAGAUACAGAGAUAGACCGACUCAGAAAACAGGUGGCCCACAAGCAGAGCUCGUCUAGCAGCCACCUAGAAUUGGAGCAACGCGUUCAUGGACUGACAGAGUCCCUCAUCCAUAAGCAAAACAGUAUAGAAACUCUGAGUACUGAAAAACACUCAUUGAUCAUUCAAAUGGAACGACUUCAGCAACAAUAUCAGGAAUCCCAGAUGAUGUUGAACAGAGAUCCCCCAACAAUGUUCCGGCAAGAUGAUGUAAGAAAUCGUGUACCAAGUUUUCUGGUCGAGUCUCCAUUUGACGGAGGUGUAGCUCGACAGGUCAAGCGUGCUUACUCUACCUUGGAUAAGUUCUCUGUUAGAUUGGGAAUAUUCUUAAGACGUUACCCAAUAGCUCGAGUUUUUGUUAUUGUAUAUAUGUGCCUUUUGCAUGUGUGGGUGAUGAUUGUCCUUCUCACAUACACACCAGAAAUACAUGGGUCAGAUUAUGAGCAUCAUCAAGUAGGUACCAUGCCUCACAAACAGUAGGUAAACACAGCUCACAUACUGUAUAGUAUUUAUUAUGCCUUACAUAAACAAGUACUUUGUCAUACACUUUCAACUGAUUAAUUUAUAUUUCCAAAAUUUAUGAUAAUAUUUAAACAAAUCUCUUCCUUUCAUAGCUUCAUUAAACUGCUGUACAUUCAAGACUAUGUAUCUAUUUACUUUAACCCUUUAACUGCGCAACACGCCUGCAGGCCCACGUCUGGGGUGCGCUACGUGCCUCCGGGUAUUUGUAUU